CCGGUGUCUACCAUUGGAACUCAUUUAAAUUUAAAAUAGAAUUAUUACCAUAUUUUAAUAUUUUUUUUUUAAUAUUUCAACAAAAGUUGACCAGACUGCGGUGCCUACAUAUUACAUAUUAUUCAAAACAAAUAAUUAUUUAUUUCCGGAAACAAGUAUUGUAAAAAGUGUUUUCAUGGAAAAAAUGUUUAGCAAAAAUUUUAUCAAUAUUCCAAAAUAUUGUAUGAAAUCUUCAGGGAAAUUAUGGUGUUCAUCAUCAUUUCGAUCAACAAUAAGGGAGAAAAUUUUAAACAAUACAGAAAUCACUAAUACACAUUUAACGCCGGAAAUUUCACUUAGAUUGAUCACCCCAAAUUGUAAAAUAUAUCAUGAACCUGUUAUUCUACAAAAAGAUAGAGUAUUUGAAAAUGAUCCAUUCUGGGGAUUUUAUUGGCCAGGAGGACAAGCAUUGAGCAGAUUUAUUUUAGAUAAUCCAUUGAUGGUAAAAUCUAAAAGAGUGUUAGACAUUGGUAGUGGAAGUGGUGCAUGCUCUAUUGCUGCAAUGAUUUCUGGUGCAAAAUCAUGUAUAGCAAAUGAUAUCGAUAAAAUUGCUGAAAUAGCUAUAGAACUGAACGCUGAAUUAAAUAAUGUAAAAUUAAGAUCAUGUACGAAAAAUAUAAUUGGCAAAGAAUGUGACGCAGAUGUUAUAUUACUUGGUGAUAUAUUUUAUGAUGAAGACAUUGCAUGUUUGAUAGUUCCGUGGUUAUUUCAUUUAAGAACAUUAAAGAAAAAAAUCUUUAUAGGAGAUCCUGGAAGACAUCCAAUGACUUCUGAACGUUUAACCUAUAUGAAAAAAUUAUCAACAUAUGAAUUAUCAAAAAUUUCUUUGUCAGAAAAUCAUGGCUUUGAUGUUGCAAAUGUAUGGGAGUGGAUAGGGUGUAAAUAGCUUUAGGAUUACAAAAUGUCAUUGAA